AUGAUCUUUGGGGGCUUGACCAUUUCAGCAGGCUUUGUUAGGCAGUGGGGACAGAUGGCUGCCAUCCGACUGAUACUCGGCAUAGCCGAGUCGAGAACAUUACCGGGUAUAGCCUACCUCGUCAGCUGCUGGUAUACUCGGUACGAGGUUGCCAAAAGGACCGCCGGUUUCUAUAUCAUUGGAAUGUUGUCUAGCGCCUUUUCCGGUCUCCUAGGAUAUGGAUUUUCUCACAUGAACGGCCUUGGUUCCGGUCAUGGCCUGGGUCAGCAUAUCGAACCGACCAAGGAUCAUCCCAAUAUCAAGCCACAUCAAAUGAGCGGCAUUGCCGGCGGGAGGUGGGUAUUCAUAAUGCAGGGAAUACUCACUGCAGUUGUCGCCUUCAUGGCAGCGACAUGCGUCGUUGACUUCCCCGAAAAAGCUGCCACAACGAGAUUGACCCCCAAAUUCCUAAACAAGAGGGAGACUAGCCUAGUGGUUGCCCAGAUCAACCGAGACAGGUUAGAUGCUGUCCCGGAGAAGUUCAAUCUGGUGAACUACCUAGCUGGUGCGGCGGAUCUUCAAGUUUGGCUGUUUGCCCUGUCCCACGGCUGCACCGCCAUCAACACGUUCGGUAUCGCUUACUAUCUUCCCAUCAUCCUGAAUGUAGGGAUGGGGUUCUCGGCGGGUGUCAGUCAAUGUCUCGUCGCGCCCCCGGUUGUAUUUGCUGCCAUCUGUGUAGCGGCCUGUUCAUGGGCCGCGGAUAAAUACCACUCUAAAGGGCUGAUCAUCAUAGGGGCGUGCAUUGUCAGCGUCAUCGGCUUACCGCUCACUGGUCUUGCUAAAUCGGUGGCCACCAGGUAUUUCGGUACAUUCCUGGCGACCGCGGGAGUGAACGUGGCUACUCCACUACUCAUUGCCUGGCAGGCAAACAACAUCCGUGGUCAGUGGAAGCGGGCUCUAUGCUCUGCGACUUUAAUUAUGGCUGGCGGCAUCAGAGCCAUCAUCGCCCCACUCGUGUUUUGCGCGCAAGAUGCCCCGAGGUAUCUUCCUGGCUUUUAUACCCUGAUAGCCGGGGUCAUAGUCGGGUUUUGUUCCACCUUGGCGCUGAUGAUUAAAUUCUGGAAGGCCAAUCGGCGGGCCGAUGCCGGUGGCAAACCGAUUCACGGCUUGGAAGGUUUUCGCUAUACCAUAUAG